AUGUGCCAUAAUUCUGUUAGGAGCGGAAAUAAGGCUGGUUUUUUGGGGAUCAAGUUCGGAAGUGCUCUUCUCUCAAUUGCCACAGGUGCCAUUGCUAUCGCAUUGCUAUGCAAGUUCCACGACCACGAAGCGGUACUGAUAGUUAUUGUAUGCUCGACAUUGUUAUAUGGAAUACCGUCACUGAUAUCGUUUAUCACAGAGACUGUUUUUGCGCCUAGCAAGUUUCAUAUUGGAUACUUUUACAACGUUCUUAAUUUUGCAUUGCCACUGAUCACCAUGGGCUGCACAGUGGACUAUUUUCAUAAUACCUUGAGGAGCCCAAUAUCGGUACAAAGCGAGUCUCACAGAGUCUAUAUAACAACUCUGGAUUCUUUGUUAAUUUUCACACUUUUCAUUAAUGGCAUACAAUUAGGAUUCUUCCUGAAGGAUGGCAAUGCGAACAAUUUCGGCAGCUCAUCUAACAAUAUUAGUACGGAUCAAUAUGACAAAGAAGCAAAUGCGGUGGAAAAUGGUAGAUUUGUACCCCUUAAGAACUCUUCACAGACCUUAACACCAGAUUUGGAAUUAUUACACGGUAGUCCCAAGAGUAUGAAUGGGGUAGCGUGGCUGAUUAAUGAACUCUCCACAAAUUCAAACACAAACGCAAACAAAACCAUAUCAUCCGAUGAAAAUUCAAACUCUUCAGUUAUUCGACACAAAUUAGGACCGAUUAGCACCAGCAAGUGUCCUAAAAAGCCAUCUCAUUCGCAUUUUUCUAAAUUGAAAAAAUAUAACAGUUUCUUUUUGGGUCCUAAAGAAAAUCGAUACAAAAGAAAUACACAACAAGCUACUAAGGUUCCGACAGAAAAGAAAAGCAACCACCGAAGUAGCCAGUAUGUAUCCAGACUAUCAACCAUAUCUGACAUCUCGAAAAGUUUCCUGAAUUUCUUAGCAUUAAACGAAAAAAACGGGAAUUCGACUUCCACUGCGAGAACACCAAGUGAAGGAAGAGUUUCAAUAAUAAUUAACGAAGGAAAUAAUACUUUGAAAUACAAAACUCCCCAUGAUUCGCAUACUAUUGAUUCUCCAAACUUGGAGUUAGAAAGAGAAGCUAUUGGGAGAAUUAAUAGUGCCUUACUUCCUGCAUGUUUGAGAGUAACAGAUAAAAUGAUAUCCCCACAGCAAAGCACUCAAAAUGAGGACUCAUACCAAGCAACACCAUUGAUACCCCAGGUGGAAGUUGACGAUGAUUUCUAUGUAGGUGAUAUCUUAAUGACUAAUGAACUACAAGACAUUCCACAAGUCCCAAGGAUAUCAUCUGAUAUAGAAGACGAUUUCGAACAACAAUAUACCAAACACGUGGAUUUGCCAGCCCGUGUCACUUUAGAGAUGUGGGAAAAGGAUCAGGAGAAAAUACUUCAAAAAGUAACCACAAACCGGGAUAAAAGCAAAUUACUACCCCCUUUCAGAUUCACCUCUGAAAGUGAUAUGGAUCCAAGUACAUCCACCGAAUUGGAAGUUGAACUGCAUGCCCAAAACAACUUCAGCUUUCCCUUUAAAAGUGCAGGAUUACAAAUUGCUACAUCAGACCAAUUUAACCAACAGGAGUUUAAAACUUCAGAUACUAUUAGCGAACUAGAUGAGUAUUUACAUGAUCCCAGCAUUCAAGAAGAGGAUGCAAGUCAGCUGAUUGAAAGCAGUUUGAACCAAAACAACCUAUCCUCAACUACUAUUGACAAUGGCCCAAAGGAUAUGAGUAGAUUUAGUACAAGGCAUUCACCAACCAAAUCGAUAAUUUCCAUGAUCAGUGGAUCAGGAAGUGUCAAGCACCAACAUUCACACAGCACCCUAAGCAACUUUUUUACGGGUCAUUCAAGAAACAAUUCUCAAAUAAAUCAGCUAUUACAGGGUUCUUCUUCUAAUAUGAUGUCCAACACCUCACCGCAUUCAUCUCCAACCAAGUCGUUGAGAAUGAGAUUUGGAAAGAAAUUGUCAUUAUCAAAUAUCUCUGAUACAAUGUCGCCAUAUGAGGGUAGUACAACAGAUCCGAUAAACUACUCGUUUGGCCAUGGUCACAAUAAAAACCAGAGUAUUGAUUUUAGCUACGUACGUACUUUGCAAAGCAGUCAUUCACCUACAAAAUCAACCUCGGGAAAUUCUCGUCGGGAUUCUUUAAACAAUGAUAGAACCCAGAGUACUGUUAAUGAAAGAGCGCUUAGAACUGCAAGUACAUUAUUCUAUCUCCAGCACAAUAACGCCACAUGUACAUUGAACGGAGAGGAGCCAGUUCUGGACACACCACAAUCUAUACAGUCAUCAUCAAGCGGUUCUGAGCAAGAAUCGGCGGGAUCUGGUUCUGGCUAUCCAGAAGUAGUGUUCAGCGAGUAUGAUAGAGAAAAAUGGAAUGUUUUGAGGAAUCUAAAAGAGAUAGCGCCCGAAAAAACUAUAGAGAGCGGACCUGUUGAAGAACUAGUCUCUCCCAGUAAAUAA